GAGCAGAUAAGAGUGAUCGGAUUUAUGUUGACCUGCCUGACAUGGAGAAAAUCGCAAAUGUUCUACAGGACUAUCUUGAUGAUUAUAACCUUAUAAAUCCCAAAGAAGUAAAGUUGGUGUUCUUCCAGGAUGCUAUAGAACAUGUUUCAAGAAUUGCCCGCAUGAUUCGUCAGGAAAGAGGCAAUGCCCUGCUCGUUGGAGUAGGAGGCACCGGCAAGCAGUGUCUUACCAGACUUGCCGCUCACAUAUGUGGUUACAAAUGUUUACAGAUUGAACUGAGUCGGGGAUAUAAUUAUGAUAGUUUCCAUGAGGACCUGAGGAAGUUGUACAAACAAGCUGGUGUAGAUGACAGGGAUAUGGUUUUCCUCUUCACGGACACACAGAUUGUAGUGGAAGAGUUUCUAGAAGAUAUCAAUAACAUCUUGAAUUCAGGUGAAGUGCCGAAUUUAUUUGAAAAGGAUGAACUGGAGCAGGUUUUAGCAGCCACCAGACCAAGAGCAAAAGAAGCAGGAAUUUCAGAGGGGAACAGAGAUGAGGUGUUUCAAUACUUUAUCAGCAGAGUCCGUCAGAAGCUGCACAUUGUUCUCUGCAUGAGCCCCGUUGGGGAGGCCUUCCGGUCCCGAUGCCGGAUGUUUCCCUCCCUUGUGAACUGCUGCACCAUUGAUUGGUUUGUCCAGUGGCCCAGAGAAGCACUUCUUUCUGUAUCAAAGACAUUUUUCUCAAAUGUUGAUGCUGGAAGUGAUGAAAUGAAAGAAAAGCUAUCCCUCAUGUGCGUGAAUGUUCACUUAGGCGUCUCCAAUAUGGCAGAACGCUAUUACACAGAGCUCCGGAGACGGUACUACACAACGCCCACCUCCUACUUGGAACUCAUCAAUCUCUACCUGUCUAUGCUGAGUGAUAAAAGGAAGCAGUUGGCUUCAGCACGUGACCGGGUGAAGAAUGGUCUCAGCAAGCUGUUAGAAACAAAUGUACUAGUAGAUAAAAUGAAAUUAGAUCUUUCAGCUUUAGAACCUGUCCUUUUAAUAAAAUGCCAAGAUGUGGAAGCCUUGAUGGACAAAUUGGCAGUGGAUCAAGAAAAUGCCGAUCAGGUCCGUAACAUUGUGCAAGAAGAUGAAGCAACUGCAAAAGUGAAAGCUGAAGAAACCCAAGCAAUAGCUGAUGAUGCUCAAAGAGAUCUAGAAGAAGCUCUACCUGCGCUCGAGGCUGCUAAUAAAGCACUGGAUUCCUUAGAUAAAGCAGAUAUAUCUGAAAUCAGAGUGUUUACAAAGCCCCCAGAUUUGGUCAUGACUGUCAUGGAAGCAAUUUCCAUUCUCUUGAAUGCCAAGCCUGAUUGGCCAACAGCAAAGCAACUUCUUGGUGACUCUAACUUCCUAAGAAGACUUUUAGAAUAUGAUAAGGAAAACAUAAAACCUCAAAUAUUGGCAAAGCUUCAAAAGUAUAUUAAUAAUCCUGAUUUUGUGCCUGAAAAAGUAGAGAAAGUGUCCAAAGCAUGUAAAUCCAUGUGCAUGUGGGUAAGAGCAAUGGAUUUGUACUCUCAGGUCAUCAAAGAGGUUGAACCAAAGAGGCAAAAACUUCAUGCUGCACAGGCUGAACUUGAUGUUACUAUGGCUACUCUAAAAGCAAAGCAAGCAUCACUAAAACAAGUGGAAGAUCAAAUACAGGCCCUACAAGAUGAAUAUGACAAAACUGUGAAUGAGAAAGAAAGUCUGGCAAAGACUAUGGCCCUGACAAAAGCACGUCUGGUACGUGCUGGAAAGCUGACGGCCGCUUUAGGAGAUGAACAAGUUCGAUGGGAAGAAAGCAUCCAGAAAUUCAAUGAGGAGAUACCGAAUGUCAUCGGGAAUGUGUUCAUAGCAGCAGCUUGUGUGGCUUAUUAUGGAGCCUUCACAGCCCAGUAUAGGCAACUGCUUGUAGAGUGUUGGAUCCAGGACUGUCAGUCUCUAGAGAUCCCAAUCAAUGCUUCCUUCAGUCUCAUUAACAUUCUCGGUGAUCCCUAUGAAAUACGACAGUGGAACACGGACGGGCUGCCACGUGACAUGAUCUCAACGGAAAAUGGCAUUUUGGCUACUCAAGGGAGACGGUGGCCUCUGAUGAUUGAUCCCCAAGAUCAGGCAAACCGUUGGAUAAGGAACAAGGAAAGCAAAAGUAAUUUAAAGAUCAUUAAGCUUACAGAUAGUCAUUUUUUACGCACACUUGAAAAUGCGAUCCGACUUGGUUUACCUGUUUUACUGGAAGAGCUUAAGGAAACCUUGGAUCCAGCUCUCGAACCCAUUCUUUUGAAACAGACCUUCGUAAGUGGUGGACGACUGCUCAUUCACCUUGGAGAUUCAGACAUUGAUUAUGAUAAAAAUUUUAGGUUCUAUAUGACAACCAAACUGCCAAAUCCCCACUACCUACCUGAGGUGUGCAUUAAAGUCACCAUCAUCAAUUUCACUGUAACUAAAUCAGGUCUGGAGGAUCAGUUAUUAAGUGAUGUGGUGCGACUUGAGAAACCUGAGCUGGAAGAACAAAGAAUCAAGCUCAUUGUGAAUAUCAAUACUGAUAAAAACCAGCUGAAAGCUAUUGAAGAUAAAAUCCUGAGACUGCUCUUUACAUCUGAAGGAAAUAUUUUGGACAAUGAAGAACUUAUUGAUACACUCCAGGAGUCAAAGAUCACUUCUGGUGCCAUUAAAAUCAGAUUGAAGGAAGCAGAGUCCACGGAAAUGAUGAUAAACAGUGCUCGUGAGAAAUAUCGUCCAAUAGCCACUCAAGGUUCUGUGAUGUACUUUGUUAUCGCAAGCCUCUCAGAAAUAGAUCCUAUGUAUCAGUAUUCAUUAAAAUAUUUUAAACAGUUGUUCAAUACAACAAUUGAAACUUCUGUGACAACAAAUGAUCCACAGCAGCGUAUGGAAAUACUACUGGAGCAAACCCUCCUGAUUGCCUAUGUCAAUGUUUCGAGAGGACUUUUUGAACAACAUAAACUCAUCUACAGCUUUAUGCUCUGUGUUGAGAUCAUGCGUCAGCAAGGAAAUUUAACUGAU